AGACCUGAGGAUCGUAAUGGUCGGCAAAACAGGCAACGGGAAAAGUGCCACUGGGAACACCAUUUUAGGGAGGGAAAUGUUUACGUCCAAGAUGGAGCCCACAUCCGUCACCGCCAAAUGUAAGAGUGCAACGAAGGUCCUGGCGGAUGGGAGGACCCUGGCUGUGAUCGACACGCCGGGCUUUUUUGAUACAAAAUACUCACAGGCGGUGACUCUGGCGGAAAUUAAGAAAUGUGUCAGGUUCUGCUCCCCAGGUCCCCACGUCAUUAUACAGGUCAUCCGUAUGGGCCCUUUUAGCAAGGAGGAGAUGAAGGUCUCCGAGAUCAUCAAUAGUAUCUUCAGCCUGAAGGCCAAGGCCUACCUGAUUGUCUUGUUCACCCGCAAAUAAGACCUGGAGGGGCGCUCUCUUCAAGAGAUGCUGUCCGAGGGAGGCGAAAGCCUGGAGCCUCUGAGGAAGUAAAUCGAGAGCUGUGGGAAUCGGUGCCUGGCUUUCAACAACAAGGCGAAAGGGAAAGAACGGCAGGAUCAGGUGGAUGAGCUGAUUCGGAUGGUGGAUGGCCUCGUACGGAAGAACUCGGCGGAACCCUAUUACACCAAAGAGAUGCUGGA